AUGUUGCCUCCACCACUUUUUUCAUGUCAAGAACUGAGACAAUUGAAACUCAGUUAUUGUCGAUUCGAGCCGCCUCCUACAUUUAACGGAUUUAGUAGUCUCGUAAGUCUAGACUUUUAUGAAGUCGACUUGGCUGAUGGUGUACUUAACAGCUUGAUUUCUAGUAGCCCACUACUUGAACAGCUGACACUGGAAUCCUCCAUCCGUUUUGACUACCUAGAAAUUGACGCUCCUAAUCUCAACUUCUUAAGCACAUAUGCCUUCUUUGGAUCCAUUCAUUUCAAAAACACCCCUCUUCUUGCUGCUGUUUCAAUUACGUGGAAUGAUGAGGAACAUGAUAAUGACGAGGAAUAUGUCGAGGUAGGCGAGACAUCUGAUAUGAUUAAGGUUUUUGGUUGUCCCACGGAAACGUCCUCUAAACUGCUAUACAAUUUCUUUCAUACUAGUCAAGUACACGGUCUCAGUCUGCUAUCGACGUGCUAUGUACCAUCAGCAGCUUUGAAGAGUACCUGUAAUCGAGACACUGGAAUUGGGAUAUCGAUUUGUGAAGCUCUUGACUGUGGACGCUGUCCCUGA